AUGGCGUCCAAAUUGUCUGCCACCGGCUACAUCUCGUCCAACGACAGCAAGUUAUACUACGAGACGGAGGGAAACCCUGAUGGGCCUACGAUUCUGUUCAUCCACGGCUUAGGCGGCACAACAAAUGCCUAUCAGCCCAUCGUCCCUGAUCUCCAAGACUUCAACAUCGUCCGCUUCGACUGGGGCGGCCAUGGGAGGAGUCCGACGCCCAAGACCACGAGCAUCGAGUCCUACGUGGCCGACGCUGAAGCUGUGUUGAAUGAGUUGAAUCUCAGCAAUGUCUACGUCGUCGGUCACUCGCUAGGCGGACUGGUCGCUCUGCAUUUUGCCGCCAAGUUGCCCGACAAGGUCAAAGCCUUGGUGCUAUUUGGGCCGAUCAGCCCGCCUCCAGAGGCUGGUCAGAAGGGGCUCAAGGGCCGCGCCGCCACUGUCCGGGAGAAGGGGAUGGCCGCAAUCGCCGAUACCGUUGUCGGGAAUGCUUUCGCUGCUGAAUCCUACAAGUCUAAGAGGGGCGAAGUCACCCUCGCGCGAGAGAUGCUGACGAGGCAAGACCCCGAGGGGUAUGCGCUGGCUUGUGAAGCCGCGGCGAACAGUAGCGCGCCGGAUUUUGGCAGGAUCCAGGGUAAAGUUGUCGUCGUCUCCGGGAAUGAAGACAAGGUGUCAACUGUGCAGGCGGGCGAGACGACCACGCAGAAGCUUGGCUCGAAUGCCAAGCAAGAGGUCAUCGAGAACGUCGGGCACUGGCACAUGCUCGAAGCGAAGGAGAAGGCGGUCGAGAUCAUCAAGACGACAUUCUCUUAG